GGAUUAGUGAUGAAGAUAUAAAAGCAUGGCGCCGAUAGCAAAUGUCACAGACAGAAGCAGGAGAAGGAGGAGAAGAGAUCAGUGGUGGCCUCUUGGGAUAUUUCCAACAGAGAACAAUGAACGGCGGCCCACCGGCAGGAAGCGCCCUGGCCCCUGGCGGAACCACUGGCCCAACUACACCCAAAAAAGGCCCGCCCAAAUUCAAGCAGAGGCAAACUCGUACAUUCAAGAGCAAGGCCCCCAAACCAGGCCAGAAGGGCUUCGGUGACGACAUCCCCGGCAUGGAGGGUCUCGGCACAGACAUCACAGUCGUGUGCCCAUGGGAAGCCUUUGGCGACAUGGAGCUCAGCGACUUGGCCAAAUACGGCAUCAUUUAAAGCCGCUCUCUUCCCUCCCUCCAUCGCUCCUCGGCUCGGCCCGUCGGGAUAAGGCGGCCGGCGUCCCCCUUAAUGCCCUUCUCGUCAUCUACCUCCGGCCUCGCUCCACUGAGUGGAGAGGGAGCUUAAUCAUGCUCUUAUUUAUUUUUUUAUAUAUGAUUAUACAUAUCAUACUGUUUACAGUAUAUAAUAUGCUUGAAAGAUUGACGAGAACAUUUCACGCUCCCUUUUCCGAUCUAAUCUUCCAUGUAUUACAGAGGCCCACCCAUCCCAACCCUUGCCAAAGAACCCGAAGAAAAACUAGCUUGAUUUGCUUCUAGCAGUUGAAUCCAAUGUAAAUACUUUGUCACGUAUCUCCUGUUGUUCCCUUUUUUUUAUUCCUUUGUUAUCGCUGCGUUGUAUGACUUCACUGUAACCAUCAUGGAGAGUAUGCAGGACGCUGUAGCGGUGAACAUUGCAAUGCACUUUCAGAUGCUCUCUUCCUUCCGCUAUAGAGACGAUCAAUACUGCAAGUGAACUACGUGUCCGAAUAGUUGCAUUAAAUUGCUUUCUUUACACAA